GCAGCAGGGAGGAGUCCUGGCUGAGCUGAGCUGGGGAGCUGCUUGGCAGUGCCAGAGCCCAGGCCCCAGAGCCCUGCUGGAGAGAAGGUGGACGGAGAAGGCAGGCCCUGUGAGGUGCUGAGCCAGUGAGAUGGCUGACAGCUACACGGAGCUGGAGAAGGCAGUCGUCGUCCUGGUGGAAAACUUCUACAAAUAUGUGUCUAAGCACAGCUUGGUGAAGAACAAAAUCAGCAAGAGCAGCUUCCGCAAGAUGCUCCAGAAGGAGCUGAACCACAUGCUGACGGACACGGGCAAUCGGAAGGCUGCCGACAAGCUCAUUCAGAACCUGGAUGCCAACCAUGAUGGGCGCAUCAGCUUUGAUGAGUACUGGACCAUGAUAGGCGGCAUCACCAGCCCUAUCGCCAACCUUGUCCGCCAGCAGGAACAGCAAGGCAGCUGCUAGAGGUCCCCCUCUCAUUACCACUUCCAGGCCCUGACCCAGACCCUGGCCUGGGUGCCUUUCCCAGGCUCUCUCCUCAGCCUCUUGUGCCCUCCCAGCCCCUUUCUUCCCUUGUCCUGCCACACCUGCUCCUGACCCUUGCUGAACAGCAGAGAGGAGAUGUCAGGGUCCUUUUGUGAGUGUCUCAGUUUAGGGGUGCUUCCCUGAGGGUCUCAGUCCUUGGAGCAGGCAGGCCUUAGGGCCCCUCUGUGAGCUCUCAGUGCUGUUUGGGAACCCUAAGAGUUUUCUCGCCUGUUCAGUCCAUUUCCUUCCAAAGUUGUAUGCUCCCGUCUGAUUCUGGGUCUGUCCUGGUCUCCAGAGGUCAGCUUGUUGCUUGAAGUCUCCCUGUUUUUUAGUAGCAGCAGCAACAGCAGCAGCAGCAGUUGCCCCAUCCUCACCCCUGCUCCGCAGCCCCUCAGCUGGGUGGGAAAGCACUUCCAGGGCCUCCCUUCCAGCUGCCUCUGUCUGGGAAUGAGCUAAGCUGGGUUGAACCCCCUCCCUCAGCUCAGCCACUGAAAUAAUGACAAUAAAAGCUGGAUUCAGAGUUUGUACCCCCUAACCCAGUCCCUUUGUGAUGGUCAUUAAACCCUUCACACCCUGGGAAACUUCUCCUGCCUUGGCAAUCUUUGAACUGGACUCUGAGGCCUGGAGGAAUCUCACAGGAAAACAACUCCAGAGGCAGAGCAAGAACUCUUAGAUCCCAGAAGGUGCUGUCAGUCCUGGGUCAGAAGCUCCCCCUCCCCACCCCCUCUUGUUCUAUGAAGGACCAGAGGCCACAUGGCACUGUCAUAACCCAGACUCCAACUCAAAUUCAACUUCCAAACACGUGAUCGGUCUCAUUCAGUUCUCAUUGCAAUUCUACGAGAUGGGCUAUGACUCUCAAUCUCAAGCCAUAAAUAGCACUAAGGUCCUGAUUCCUCGUCAAUAGAUGAGUUCAAUAUACAGAGAAGAGUGUGAGGAAAGAGAGAUAUGGGGGCCAGAGAGGGAAAAGGAACCAUGGCUUAGCUGCUGAAGAGGACAGUGACAGCUUCUCCAAUCUCCCUGCUCUUGCACUGAGUGAGCCCCCAGUGGGAACAUGGCAAGAAACCCAGCCUGCAGAGCUUGGGGUCAAAGGUUUUCAAAUGAUAGCAGUAUACUCAAGAUUUAAGAUUUAAGAAACAAAAGAAACAGGUGCAGAGUUUAACUGGAAUCUACUUAACACUGGCUUUCCUUUCUCCACAUCACAAUAACACUAUCCCAGUUAAAAUGAAAGGCAUGUCCUUAGUACUACUAUUCUGCCCUGACUGAGUGUUAAAGAAUCUGAUCACAUUUUUUUUGUGGGGGUCUUCUAUCUAUCUAUCUAUCUGUCUAUCUAUCUAUUUAUCUAUCUAUCAUGAUUUUUAAAAUCCUUAAGUUUACCUUAUUUUUGAGUGUACAU